UCUCCUCUCUGAGGUUUCCCUCUGCUCUACCUCCGACAACCUCCGCCUCCGCCUCGGCCUCUACUCAGCCUUCCUCGGUGAUCUCUGCUCUGCUUUUCGCCAGAGCUUCUUCCGCCUCUGCAGCGGCUGAGCUGCCGUGCCGAAUGAAGUGAAAAGUAAAGUCUCCGUAUUCCCAUCCCAUGGUUUUGCACUGAUAAGAAUAAAAGUAGUGGAAGGAGAAGAGUUAUGAGUGUCCGGAGGAUUUCACGGCAAGCGCCAUUCUCGUGGUCCAGUCUUAUCUUCAAACAAAGUAGCCUCUUCCAUACGCCCGCAACUGGCAGACCCUUGCUUUACUCCCCUGGCUGCUAUUCCCGUGGCAGAAUCCUCUUCGUCCCUCAGCUUCAUAGAUCCCGCUUCUCCACGUACCAACCGGAUGCGGCCUCGAGAGCUGUCGAGGAUCUGCUCGCGGAGGUGGAGAGGGAUAGGCAGAGAGAAAGAGAAGCUAGGAGGAGGGCUGGUCUGGACACCAAAGACAUCGAUGCUGAGGAGGAAGAGGAUUACAUGGGUGUGGGCCCGCUGAUUGAGAAGCUUGAGAAGGAGAAGCUCAACGACACUUCUUCCACUGACUCCUUCAUGUUCGAGGAGCCCACGGACUCUGACUCGGAUGAGGAUGAUGAGAGGCUCAAUCCGGAAAAUAUGAGGAAGAAUUUCGAAUUGUUUGAGAAGAAGUUCAAGCGCCAUGAGGAGUUGCUUAACAACUUUGUUGAGAGUGAGACACUUCAUGAGGCUUUCAAAUGGAUGAGCAAAAUCGACAAAUUUGAGCAGAAGCAUUUUCGGCUUCGCCUUGAGUACCGAGUGAUUGGUGAGUUGAUAAAUCGGCUAAAGGUGGCAGAAGGAAAGGACAAGUUUAUUCUUCAGCAUAAACUGAAUAGAGCUAUGAGAUUGGUCCAGUGGAAGGAAGCUUAUGAUCCAAAUAAUCCAUCUAACUACGGGAUCAUUCAACAAGACCAAGCGGACCCUUCUGUUGAUCUUAUAGAAGAUCCUGAGGCUGAGAAUGCAGAGGAAGGUAUACAAGCUGAACGAGCAAAUGAGGAUGAUGAAGAGGAGUUUGAUGAUAUGAAAGAGAAGGAUGACAUAUUGGUAGCACAGAUUAACGAAAUUGACAGGAAACUUGAAGAGAAGCUAGCAGAUUUGGACCACACAUUUGGAAGAAAGGGAAAAGCUUUGGAGGAGGAGAUUAGAGACCUCGCUGAAGAAAGAAAUGCUUUGAUAGAAAAGAAAAGGAAGCCACUGUAUCGUAAAGGAUUUGAUGUGAAACUGAUCAACGUGAAUCGGACUUGUAAAGUUACUAAGGGUGGUCAAGUAGUCAAGUACACUGCUAUGUUAGCUUGUGGGAAUUAUCAUGGUGUUGUGGGUUUUGCAAAAGCUAAAGGCCCUGCAGUUCCUAUCGCCCUCCAGAAGGCCUAUGAGAAAUGCUUUCAGAAUCUCCAUCAUGUGGAACGGCACGAGGAGCAUACAAUUGCCCAUGCGGUGCAAACGUCAUACAAGAAAACCAAGGUGUACCUAUGGCCCGCUUCGACUAGGACAGGUAUGAAAGCUGGUAGAACAGUUCAAACGAUUUUGAAUUUGGCUGGAUUCAAGAAUGUAAAAUCCAAGGUUGUUGGCUCCAGGAAUCCUCACAAUACAGUGAAAGCCCUUUUCAAAGCUUUGAAUGCAAUUGAAACUCCGAAGGACGUGCAAGAAAAGUUUGGUCGGACGGUUGUGGAGAAGUACUUAUUAUAAUAAUCCCCAUUGGGCAGUUGGUCACGGAUGUGCUGGAAAAGUUUGGUUGGAUGCUGUGGAGAAGUACUUAUUAUGAUAAGUCUGCAUCGGCGGUUGGGCAAGGACGUGCAAGAAAAGUUUGGUUGGACGGUUGGCCUUGUACUAAUUCGGGGUUUUAGGGAACUUGUGGUUCGGGUUUCCUGCCGCUUAUUUUUGAGGAAUGCAUGGUUACAUCUCAAAGUAAGAUUCUGCUUCUUUUAGUUGACAAGAUAAUGUUUGGGUCGAUCCAGAAAUAAGGCUAAAUCACGGGAGAUGCGAACCCGAGAUAAUUUAUUCUUGGAGAGCAAGUCAUCCUCACAUCGUGGCCAAUAAUUAAAUUUGAUGAUACA